GAAAGCGACUUUUCUCUCCGAAACAAUAUGGCUGCGCCCUGCAUCGAUUGAUAGUCUCAGGGAGUGUAUAAUAUGAGUACCGUAAACUUAUAACUUACGAACCGCUUCAGUGGACACCAAAUUUAGGGAUUGCAUGUGGCAAUAUUAUGCACAUUAAGGUUGUUGUCCUGCGAAAAGGUGUAUCAGUCAACAUGAGAGGCGCUACUCUCCUCAAUAUGAGGACAUCUUCAAUAACGGAGCUUAGGUCAUUUCCCUUCUUGUGCAGGAAAGUGUCAAACAACCCCCAUCAGCAUGGCUCACAGAACGGGACACAAACAUCACCCGAGACCAAAGACCAACUCAUUGAGAAUGAGCCCACGGAGGAAGAGCAACGGAGACCCAAAAGGAAACCGAGCGAGAGUUCUGUGCUGCUCUUCCCCGGGCAGGGGAGUCAGUUCGUGGGUAUGGGUCGCGGGCUUCUGAAAUACAGAAACGUCAAGGACAUGUUUGCCGUCGCGCAGAAGAUACUGGGCUACGACUUGCUGUCUAUGUGCCUAGAUGGACCAGAGGAGGAAUUGAUGAAGACAGUCCACUGUCAGCCCGCCGUGUUUGUCACAUCACUGGCGGCUGUGGAGAGGCUGAACCACGAAAACCCAGCGGCCAUUGAGAAUUGUGUGGCUGCUGCAGGAUUUAGUGUGGGAGAGUUUGCAGCCCUGGUGUUUUCUGGUGCCAUGGAUUUCACAGAAGCCCUGUAUGCGGUGAAGGUGCGGGCAGAGGCCAUGCAGAAAGCGUCAGAGCUGAUCCCUAGCGGCAUGCUGUCGGUAAUGGGACGGCCCCAGGCUAAGUACAAAUAUGCCUGUUUGCAAGCCAGAGAGCACUGCCUUAGCCUGGGCAUCAAGGAGCCCGUCUGCAGCGUGGCCAACUACCUUUUCCCCGACGGGAGAGUCAUCGCUGGCCACAAAGAGGCACUGGACUUCCUACAACAGAACUCGAGGAAACUUCACUUCCUGCGUGCGCGGCCGCUCCCGGUGAGUGGGGCCUUCCACACGGCGCUGAUGGAGUCUGCCACCGAGCCCCUGAGAGAUGUCCUCAGACAGGUGGAGGUACGUCGGCCCGAGAUCAACGUGUACUCCAACGUGGACGCCAAGCGCUACAUGCAUGAGGGCCACGUGCGCAGGCAGCUGGCCAAGCAGCUGGUGUCACCAGUGAAGUGGGAGCAGACCCUCCACGAGGUGUUCGAGAGGACCCAGGGUCAGAGCUUCCCCCACACCUAUGAGGUGGGCCCCGGGAAGCAGCUGGGGGCCAUGCUGCAGAAGUGCAACAUGAAGGCCUACAAGAGCUACACACACGUGGACGUCACCACCCACGAUGACUGAGAGGAUUAUGGUCUGAGGAGUAAGACCGGACUCAUGGAUUUGUGGAGAGACUCGUAUCAAUACAGUACAGUCUACAUACUGUACAGUAUACACCCAUUGACAAUCACCCAUGUCGUGUCUUUGGCAUCAUUAAAGUGAAGACUAAUUUUAUCAAA